AUAAACUAAUAACCAGCCAACAUGCCGGCCCAUUUUUAAAGGACCCCAUUUUGUUCAUGACCUUCUCCAAUUUCUUCCUCUUCCCCCAUCUAUCUAUCUAUCUAUCUCUCUCUCUCUCUCUCCCCGUCAGUCACUUUGUAUAUUUCCUAAAACUAUCAUCAGCAGUACUAGUACCAAACGGUAAAAUACAGAGAGCUCUAUAUCCAGCAUAUAUCGUGAAUACUUAGGCAUGGACGGCAGGUUCAUCACCAGCUCUUUUAUCAGUAGCUCUGGACAAGAAGAGAACAUUGACAGCAUCCCAGAAAAUGGGGCCGAAUCCCCUCCUUCCACCAUCUUUGACGACAUGAAGAUCACCUCCUCCGUUUCGUCCCCGAGAAAAAGUCGGCGUGCAAUACAGAAAAGAGUGGUGUCAGUACCGAUCAAGGACGUAGAAGGGUCCCGGCUCAAGGGAGAGAGCAAUACUCCACCGUCCGAUUCUUGGGCUUGGAGGAAGUAUGGUCAGAAACCCAUCAAAGGAUCUCCCUAUCCCAGGGGUUACUACAGGUGCAGCAGCUCGAAGGGAUGUCCGGCGAGAAAACAGGUAGAGAGGAGCCGCGUGGACCCCACGAUGCUAGUGGUCACCUACUCGUGCGAGCACAACCAUCCAUGGCCGGCUUCUAGAAACCACCACUCGAUGAACAAACCCAUAAAGCCCGAAACCGUCGCAAGCGCCAAGCCCGAGCCGGAGGAGAAGUUCGCGGAUCUAGGGGACGAGUCGUCGUUGAUGGCGAGCGACGAGUUCAGUUGGUUCGGCGACAUGGAGACGACAUCGUCGACAGUGCUCGAGAGCCCCAUUUUUGCGGAGAGGAUUUCAGGCGACGCCGACGUGGCGAUGUUUUUCCCAAUGAGGGAGGAGGACGAGUUGCUCUACGCCGAUCUAGGGGAGCUGCCGGAGUGCUCCGUCGUCUUCCGCGGCGUGGGACCACGAGUCGAGAUCUGCUGACACGCGUGUAACACCCCCCCAGUUUGUCAAAUUGUGCGCGUUUCGUGCGCCAUAAGACACCAAUUCUUUUCUCUUUGUUACAUUGUUUUUCUUUUUUUGUAAUUUUUUUCAUUAGAAAAAGAAUUUGCCUUUGUUUUCAGCUUCGUAAAUGAAUGAAUAAUAAUAAUAAUAAUAAU